AUGGAGUCCAGCAAGUCAGCCAUCGCGGAUGCUGUGUUUGCUCCGCCUGGUCCACAAGAAAUUCUGUUAAAACGCGAUAUUCUAUCUCCAGUACGGCUGAACAGUCUGGGUCAGCCAUCGAUUAGCUCGAAGCUACUGCAUCCUUCUAAACCUUCUCGUCUAUCGCUUCAUCGAUCCGUCCCAAAGCCAGCUCUCGUCCCCGACGUGUUCGCGGCGGUGUCAGCUGAAUCUUCUUUUUCCUCUCGCCCAUCUUCAACGACAGUCGCAAAUGCGAAGCGCGUAAACGAUGCUGGCAGCUUACCUGCGUCGAAGAGAUCAAAGAUUGAUAAAGGACAAGUCGAAGUCUUCACCGGGAAGCACAAGGCCGAGGAAGAAAAAUGGAAAUCGAAAUGGAUUCGAGCAUUCCCAUCUUUGGUCUUUCACUUUGAAGUCGGAGCAGAUGCUUCGCAGCGAAAAGGUUUGAUAGCCAAAGUGACAAGUAUGGGAGCCAAAGUCGAUCAGUUCCUCUCCCGGAGCACGACACAUGUCAUCGUCAAGUCAAUCCCCUCACCUUCCAAGGGGAAAGCCAAACUCGAUAUCGUUCGGAAAUCCAUACCACCACGGGAGUCGCCAAAGAAUCCAUUCUUGGAUGACACUGGCGCGACCGAACUAGUGAAAAAAGCGGAAGCGCUGAACAUGAAAGUGUGGACUGAAGAGAAACUACGCAGCAUGCUAACCAAACUCGCACCGGAUCAAGUGACUGCAACCGAUUCUUUGCGCACUUUGCUAGAGGACGAAAAGAUACACGGGACACGAGAGAGGGACCUCAAUGCUCCCAGGCCCGACUUUUUCUACUUCAAGCCGGGAUCUCGGUAUCUGCUUGUAGAGGACGCCACAGCUCGUCACCGGACAGUCAUGACGAAGGAAUACAGCGCUGUCCCGAAAGACGGUGCCUACGAAUGGCCAGUCCUGUUCGAAUCCUUCCUACGACCAUCUUCCAGCGUUGCACACUGCACCUCAUCCGCAGAAGAGAUUCGUGACCGUGCAUGGUCAUUGUAUGUCGACCGAAAACCGUAUAAAGGCGAAGAACCUCCAGACCUGGAUCGCCAGACAAGCAUGUCGAGCCGUGCAGUCGCUACACCAGAGCCUUCAGAACUUGCGCCGUAUCUUCUCGCUUCUGGAAACUCUGUCACAAUCACCUCCAAUAUCGCUUCCACGUCAGCCACCAGUAAUUCUCCUGGAAUCUUCACCGGACCUGGGUUCGGGCCAAAGGAUCGAGCAUUGGCACAGAUGAGCAAACGCAUCCAGGUUCUUAAAGGCAACGCUCAUCUGGCAGCUACGAAGCGCCGAGCCUCAGAGCUUCAGCUAGCUUCAGCCCCAUCAAGCAUACGUGUACCGUCGCAACCUAAUAUCGCCCCCAAAAAGGUCUUCAUGACGCAGGAGCAAGUCUUAAAAAUGCUUCAGCAGAUCAAGGCCCCCGUCAAUGAAAAGCCUGUAUCGCGUGAGAAGCGAAUCGAGAAUCAUGAGAAAGUGUAUUCGGGUCUUCACGGAAGAGACCAGGAAGUAGCUGCAGGAUAUUGCGAAAACUGUCGGGUGCGAUACACUGACCUGUCUGUGCACAUCACCUCGAAGAAACAUCGGCGCUUUGCCACCGAUCCCAGCAACUUUGCAUCCCUUGACGAACUCCUCAAACUUCUCGUUCGGCCACUAAAUCCCGCCGUCUUCUCACAGCUGCCGCCCGUGUGCGUGACUCCACAUGGCAAGGACGACUUGUGCGACAUCUGCACCACCGGUCAAUUCUUCUCAUCCCAGUCGUCACAAUCGAUAGGGACUGAAGUCGACACGGAUAAUGACAGCCAAGAUUACGCUAGUCAAGGCAGCUUUGACGACCUGAUUGUCGACGACUCAUGA